UAAAUACGCGCCUCUGCGUUACGACUUAUACACCAAAGCAUGUUUCCAAGCUCGCUGAGAAGAAUGUCAACGGCUUGGAUUCAUAAAAACCCUGACAAGCGUUAAUUAUAUAUUUUUACAUGACAAUAGCCGCGUCUGUGCUGCAGAGUGAAAAUCAAAUUGAAAAUUGAAUCGAAAGAACUGCGGUUCAGUAGUGAAAACCUUUGCAAGUCGUACAAGGGACACUUGGAGAUUGAAGAGGUUACGAGACAUUCUACGCGACUCGAGACAAAUCUCGAACCGUCAAGAUGCCAAAGCUCAAGCAGCCGGAACCCCUGAAGGAACUGGUAUUCGAUUUCAUCGUGACUCACUGCGCGAGUUAUUGCCACCAACUGAGCGUCAAGGGGGAUUUGGAGAAACUCCGUCAGAGUAUUACUGAGAUAAAACUUGAGGUGUUUUCAUGGCUGCCACCGAUCCUUGGCCAGCAUGCAGAGUUCUGCGAAAAAUUUUUUGAGACAUUUUUGGGUUUCGGCUACGACCUGUUGAAAUCGAGUGGUCGCGUUCGCCCACUGGCGCACAACAGAGCAGCGGUUGAGAUAAUGAUGGACGUAGAAAUACGUGGACUGCGAUGUUCAGACCUGCACCUCGAAUACCUCGACAGCCCUGAUUACUGCAGAUUUCAGAACAUAGACGCAUUGAAAAUGCACAAUCCGCCUUACGAAUUCGUAAAUCAUAAUGUCCUGCGCUGUUUUCGCCUAGAAAACUUGACUCAACUCUGGAUGAUAAGCUGGUGCGGUGACCGAGAACUCGAGAUCAUUGGAAGGCGUUGCAGGAAACUGCAAUUAUUGAACAUUAUGAAUUCAGUAAACGUCAGUGAGGAGGGAUUGCGAGCUCUGCGGCCGUGCACCGACUUGCGCGUCAUUGAUUUUCGUGGCUGCGCUUCAAAAUUGACGAACAAUGCCGUAAACAGGCUCCUGUCAGAUCUCAAGAAACUAGAGGAGUUCAAUGUGAUCGAAGACGAAUACUUUCCGGGGCGAGAUGAAAUCAAAACAUACGACCCGUGUUCGCGUCGACAGACGUUGGUCUGUCCAUCGAUGAAACGCUACUGUUUCAGAGGGUCGGUUCAGAAUUCAGAUCUAGACGCCGUCGUGACACUUUUUCCACAUUUGACUCAUCUCCAGUUUUGCUGUGAGAUUUUAGGUGAUUUGCGGAAAUUGCAAAAUCUCCAAAGCCUCAAGGAGCUCAGUUUCUGGGGUAGCUAUUCCGUAAUACGUCAUCUCGGGCCACUGUUAAAAAUCAUCGGCGAAAAUAUUUCUGUAAUAAAACUGAACCUGCCUACUACAGUAGUCGGUCAUUUGUCGCAGCUUGAUGUGAACUUCGUUCAUGAAUACUGCAAAAAUAUCCAGGAAUUUGUGUUCGCUUUCAGACCCAGAAUGCACAUGGAUGAAUUGCUGAUACGAUCUUUCAUGAAAUUGAAAAAACUGGCUAUAGAACAUUGCUACAUGCGGAUCGCGACGAUUGAAUUUCAAGAAAUGCCAGAGCUCGAAGAUCUUACGCUCGUGGACUUUGAGCCGAUUGUAGAUAUUAUAUCAUCCAUCAUGCUCGAUAAUACAAGGUUUGGAAAAUUGAAAACGUUUUACUCCCCGACCUUGGAUUCCACGGAUCAUCAGAGACUGCAUGACUUAAAUCAAAUCGCGAAAGAGAGGAAUCUCGAUUUUUCAAUAGUAUUUCUUGAUGAUUGUUCCUUGUAGAUAUUGGCUUGCCAUUCCAUUUCGGUAAAUCGUACUUUUUCUCCGAUGCUGAAUAUCAGGGAUGUGCGGGUAGCCCCGGACACUCGAAAUAUGCAACAAUAGAGACGAAAAUUUAAGCAAAGCGACAUGUUGCCCAUAUUUUUCAAUCAACGCUUACCAAUCGGAGAAAAAAUUUUGUAUAAAAAAUGUGUGUCUAAGUAUGAAUAAUAAAAAGAGUACUCCGCUA